AUGUCUUCAAGAGGUUCCUCUGUACAAUCAACCACCAGUUCCACUCGAUCCAGAGCUAGCCAUCAUCAGGUCACGCAAGAUGAAAAGAAUAAACAAUCACAUGCUAUUGGAGAAGACCCAAAUUUUACAACUUCGGGAGCUGAAACAGAUUAUUCGGAAACAGCAUCCACAACAGAUGUUUCCACCGAUAAGGAAAACGCAAUUCGUACCCGAACAUCAUCUCCUGAAAGUAAUCAUUCGGGGAAGGUUUUGAAUAAGCAGUUUUCAAAUAAUGACAAUUAUUCUCUUGCAACUUCCGAAAAUUCAAAGGAGGAAACAAAGGUUCAUGAUCUGCCACGACCAAAGUCCAACAAAUUUGCAAAAGAAGUUGAGAUACAGACGGAAACUCAUCCGAUCGAAUCAUACAUUGAUCCCAAGUAUGAAUUUUCUCAAUGGAAAUUACGAAAGAAUGUGGUUCAAGCAGCAGAUCUACGAAAUAAGAAGGACAGUAAGGCGCAAACAAUUCAGUCGCAUUUCAGGAGAGACAACGAUUGUCAAGUAUAUCUCAAAAAAGAAAAGGACACCCAGACACCUAAAGAAACCGGAACUAAUCCCACCAAACAUACCCGAUAUAUCAAAGGUCUUCGUGGUAAUAAGGACGCCAAAAUGACCGUGGUGGAAUUAAAAUUUGAUCAGAAUUAG